CAGAGUCAUGGCUCGGAGUCGACACGAUCAUUCGUGUUUGACGAGUGCGGAGAGUUGCACGAUCUCGGUGUCGUUACGGGACGAACGAUGCGCGUAAGUGACAGUAAUGACCUCAUGAAAUCGUGGAAUUGACGACGAGUGAACGUGAGCGUUGGAAAAUGAGGCAAUCGUGCUUUUCGUACCUUUGUAUUCAGCGUAAAGGUGGACGAUCGUAAAUCAGCGCAAACGCGGGUGUGCGAGCUGUUUCCAUCGACCCGACGUCGCAUGCCAUAAUUUGACAGGUGGUGCUCGCUACACCUGUUAUCCGCGUGCUGGCUCCUUAGCGCGGCCCUGACGCGCCAAUCGCACUAUGUUCGCUACCUUGAAGAAUAAGAUACGCGAGGAAAUCGGGAGUGACGUGUCCACCGUUAUCAGAAAUGCCGGGAGUAUACGCGCCAUAAAUUCCAAGCAUGCGUCUCAGACAGGUUCUACAAGUAGUGUUAGCGGUUCUCAGGUAUCAUUAGAUGGAUUGAGGGAAGAAAGUGCAUCUCCGUUGCCAUCAGUUUCAUCAAAAGGAGAGAAUAGUCUUGAACCCAAGCCUAACGAUGGAAUACAGUUAACUACAAAAGAUAUGAAGAAGCUUGAAAAUAAAGAAGAUGAGUGGCGAAAACGUUUAGCAAAGAAAGAGGCAGAAAUAUUGAAGCGAAUGGAAAAACAGGAAGAAGAAUGGAAAGUCAGGCUUCUUGAAAAAGAGAAAGAAUGGAAGAAGGUCGUAGAAAAGCAGGAGAAAGAAAAACGGAAAUUACAAGAGGAGAUAAAAAAGAUAGAAAUAGCGAAACAAUCUUUAGAGCACGCUCUUAAAGAUGCGGAAGAAUAUAAAAAGAAGUUGUACAGCUUUCAAGAAGAUGCAGAACAGCUGGAAGGUUUUCAAACACAGGAGAUGGCAAAAGUUAAACACCUUUUAUUGGCAAAAGAGCAGGAAGUAGAUGAAAAGACGUAUCAUUUGAAAGCUGCUACAGCGGAAAUAGAAAGCUUGAAGACAGAAGUUUCCCGUCUCAGACGAUAUGAAGAUGAAUUAAACGAUAUACAAGAUGAGAUGGAGAAGAUGCGUCAUUCCACGCAGCGAGAGAGAUCUCAGCUAUCUUGUCAAUUGGCACAGACGGAGGAGGAGGUGCGUCAUCUGAAGGAUAAGGUGUUUGUGCUGGAGCAGAGGAUCGCUCUGGAGACGAACGACCAAGUGACGGUUGACGAGAGAAUAGCCGAUCUAAUGCGCGAGAGGACAUUGUUGGAAAGGAAGUUGGAGGAGGCGCAUCUUCAUCUCUCCGACAUAAAGACCAGUUGGUCGGGCAAGAUUUCUAGUCUGGAGACGCAGGUUGGCAGACUUAGCAGGAAAGUGGGCGAGGAGGGCCUGGAACGCAGACAAGUCGAGCAGGAGAAGGAGAAGCUUAAGCAGAGAAUCAAACAGCUAGAGGCCGAGAUAGAGGUGAACAAUAUUGUUAUAGCGACAAAAGACGCUAAGCUUUUGCGCAUGACAGAGGACAUUGACGAGAUGGCUACGGAACUGAAAGAGCUCCGGGCCAACGUCGAUGACGAGGUGGAAGAAUUUAAACGCCAAAUUGAAUCUUCCUCGAAACAGAUCACUCAAUUGAAGUCAGACCUCGAGAAUACGACGAGCAAGCUUAGUGCUGUUACUAACGAAUUAGCAAAUCUUCGAUUGUCUUUGGAAAAGGAGCAAUCGAGUAAUUCUUCUUUACGUCUAGAACUGGCGUGUCUGCAAGAAAUUCUCGAAUCCGAACGAUCAACUGCAGCGGAACUGCAAAUUUCCUUCGAGAGGGAAAAGGAUGAGAAGGAUGCUGCUUUGCUGAGGAACGCCCAGGUAUCUCAGGAUAUAGAAAUUGUGAAGCAGGAGAAUCGGCAGCAGGAGAUCGAGAACAUGGAGCUGCAGAAUAGAGUAGAGAAUUUGGAGGAUCAUCUAGUCGGUAAAGCGAAGGAAGUAGAGCAAGCAGCGGUUACAUUGAAACAAUUCGAGCAGAAAGUUGCAAAAUUGGAAGAAGCAGAACGUAACAGAGAGAAGAUGGAGAGAAACGAAAGAAUACUCAAAAGCAAUUUGUUAGAUCUGGAAGAACAAUUAAGCGAGAAAAAUAAGACAAUCAAAGUUUUGCAGCAACGGUUAGCCGAUAUGAAAAAAACACUUCAACGCGAGUUGAAAAUUCCGUCCUCGUCGUUGGAUAGUGAUGCUGAAGCUUCUGCCGCCAUUCUCAACCCGAGUUCAUCUAAAACCGUCACUGCCAAGCAUAAUAAUUCGAGAGAAGAUGACGUUAAUUUUAAAUAUCUCAAGCAUGUUCUCAUCAAAUUCCUCACUAGUAGAGAAUACGAGGCUCUCCAUUUAACGAGGGCAGUGGCGACAUUAUUGCACUUUUCGCCAGAAGAGGAACGUCUACUUCAAGAGACUUUAGAAUGGAAAAUGUCAUGGUUCGGUACUAGGCCUAACUUAGGAUUCGGACAAACUGCCAAAGCGAUACCACCUAGCUGAUAAUUACAAGAUGUUUCGUACCUGACGAAACGUACUAGAGCAAAAGUAAAUUCUUGUUCGAAAUGAUCAAUAUGCAAAUCACUUGAAUUGGAAGUGAUUUACAUGUUAAAGCGACCGCGACUAAUUUAAAGGAUAUAAAAAAAAUUAGAAGAAUAAUAUAAAGUCAUAAUGCGAUUUUACAAAGUUUAAUAAGCACGUUUAAUAUUAGUGCAAGUAUAAUAAACAAACUACAAUAAAUGGCUAUGUGUACGGAACUAAAUUGUGGUAAAAGGUGGCUUUAUGAAGAUUUGAUAAGAUUUUAUGAAUACAUCAUUAAUUAUUGAUUUCUGUCAUACACCUGUCAUCAUGUGUAAUACUGAAGUGCAAUUUUGAUUGUUGAAACUGAACUAUCAUGUGUGAUGGAUUGUGAUACUUUGCGCAUGUAUAAAUCGUGAUGCAAAUGCAGUUCUGAUAUAAAUUGAUUUGUAACAUAUA